UCUUCGCUUAGCUGGUGCUAUGACGACGUCGCUGAGUUUUCCUGCCUCUCAAAUCUUCACCAACUGUGACUUCUUCCCUGCUGAGUUCUCCUUGGUCACUACUUUCAAGAUGCCCAGGCUAAAAGAGAAGAGGAACGAGUACAUCUUCUCUAUGGUGGGGGAGAAGGCAGACCCACUGUUGCUAGGGUUACGUGUUUCACAGAACUGCGUCCAUUUAUUGGUCAAUUAUCCCAGCACCGGGAGACGCAGUCGGAUAAGCUUCCACGAGGUGCGUUUGGACAACAACCGCUGGCACACAAUAGUGCUGGCCGUCACUGGACCGCACGCGGCUCUGACUGUCGAUUGUGGACUGCCUCUGGAGCUUACACAGGCGCAUCCUUUCCCUGCCGCCUUAAGCACCAGAGGGUCCAGGGUCUUUAUUGGCAACCGAAGGAGGAGAACUGGACGCUUCUCUGGUUUGCUACGUCAGCUGGUUCUACUGCCGGGUUCAGAUGCCACUUCCAGGCUGUGUCCAAGCUCAGACCCCCACCUGGCCGAGCUUGUUGUCCCCCAAGUCCUUAUGUCGACACCCCUCAAGUCGGACUGGCCUGGUCCAGUUUACCCGUACGAGGCGGGGGCGACAGUGACGGCAGGGAGUCGUCCGCCAUGUUCCCGAGCAGAAGAAGGUCAGCUGUGGUUUAAUGUCCCGAGGAAAAGUGUCUUCAUGUGUGAUGGCGUUACCUGGAAAAGCUUUUUCGGUGGUCCUGAGCGUUUGGACUACGUGGAGGAUUUCCAAGACUUGUUCACAUUCUCCGAAACCUUCGACGUGGAAGUCUUCUCUAUACCAUCUGCAGGCCUCUUCUUGGCUGCUGCCAACAGGGACUCUGGGCCCGGCUCGGGUAUCUACAGGUGGACCAACGGGUCUUUUGGGCUUUACCAGAACAUCAGCACUCAGGAGGCUCGAGCUUGGAAACAUUUCAGCAUCAACGGCCAGUCUUUCCUCGUGGUGGCCAACUCAAGGGAGGUGGAGCCGGAGCUGUCCGUGAUCUAUCGGUGGAAUGGGCGGCGGCGGCGUUUUGUGCGCCAUCAGACAUUGGAGACUCACGCCGCUGUGGACUGGGAGGCUUUUCACAUGCACAACCACAGCUUUCUGGUGGUAGCCAAUCACAGACGAGCCAGAGACUCCAAUCACAACAUCAACAGUGUCAUCUACAGGUGGAACCCAAAGUCCAAGCUCUUUGAGGUCAACCAGACCCUGUCCACGUCAGGAGCGUACGACUGGGAGUUCUUUACCAUCGGACCGUACCACUUCCUCGUGGUCGCCAACACUUUCAAUGGUCAGACCACCGCCAUCCUCUCCACCAUUUACGUCUGGCUGGACGGAUGUUUCCAAUCCUUCCAGAACAUCCCGACGCUGGGUGCCACAGACUGGGAGACAUUUGAGAUAGACGGCAGGUUCUUCCUAGCUGUUGCCAAUAGUCAGAAGGUGUCCAAGCGCAGCCCGAGUCUCUACAGCAUCAACUCCACCGUGUAUGAGCUCAGCACCAUCACCUGGAACUUCAUUCGCUUCCAAGACAUCCUCACCCACAGGUGUGUGCGCACUGGACUGGGAGUUCUUCACUGUGGGACAGGAGAAGUUCUUGGUAGUGGCCAACUCUCAUGAUGGCAGGUCAUACACUGUGAACAGCGUAGUCUACAGGUGGCAGGGCUAUGAGGGAUUUGUUCCUGUCCACACCCUGCCCACGUUCGGCUGCAGGGAUUGGGAACACUUCAUUACAGACAGAGGCUCAUUCUUGGUCUACUCCAGUGCCACCUCCAGGCUCAGCAAGGUGUUCAAACUCAG